AUGCCGCUUCCAGCCACGUAUUUCUUCACUUCCACCAUGAACAGAAUGGAGCCCCACGUCCUCCAGUACUUUUUCACUGGCUCACCCCAGCCCUUCAAAUCCCUCCUGAUGUGCCAGCAGGGUCUAGGGUGCGGGAGAGGCGGCGGUGGAGAGCAGCGGGCAGCGGAGAGCACCGGCCCCACCUCGCCGCCCUCGCCCAAGGCCCCUACAGGCGCCAUAAUUUCCGUUCUGGGGAACCGGAAGCACGCUGCACAUCCUGCUGGCUCCCUCCGCACAGUGGUCCUUCCUAGGGACCCUCCUGCAGCUCGGCUUGGGGCCCGCGGCGCCCUCAGCCCCAAGCGGAGCCGGGGCUCCCAUGUCCCCGCCGUCCAGUCCGUGUGCAGCUGCACGAGGGCCGCGCGGCCAGCAGGGGAGCAGGUUGAACGUGGAGGUUCUGAUAUUGUGACAGGCCAGGGGACAGGACCAAGAAUAAGCAGGAGCCUCUGUCUGGAGAGCAAGUCAGAGGAGGGCUGCUCCAUGUCGGAACUGAGGCUUCUCCUCCUAGGCAAACAUGGUGCAGGAAAGAGUGCCACAGGAAACACUAUUCUGGGCAAAGCUGUGUUCAAGUCCAAGCUGAGCGAGCAGAUGGUGACUAAAAUGUGCCAGGAGGAGAAGGGGGCCACGAGAGAGGGGGAGGUUGUGGUCAUUGACACCCCCAACCUUUUCUCUUCAGUAGCUUGUGCCAGUGACAGGCACCGCAACAUUGAACGCUGCUUGGAGCUCUCCGCUCCCAGCCUCCAUGUUCUGCUUCUGGUAAUUCCCAUUGGCUACUAUAAGCCGGAGGACAAAGAAACAAUCGAGGGCAUCUGGAAGGUGUUUGGAGCUGAAGCCAAGAGGCACAUCAUUAUUGUCUUUACCCGGAAGGAUGAAUUGGGGGAUGACUCCCUGCAAGAUUACAUUGAAGAUGACGAAUCUCUUAGGAAGUUGGUUCAAGACUGUGGAGACCGGUACUGUGCUUUCAACAACAAGGCAAGUGAGGGUGAGCGGGACACCCAGGUGAGGGAGCUCCUCUGCAAGGUCAAGCGUUUGGUGGAUGAGAACCCAAGACUAUAUUGUGUGAACUUCAGAAAAGAAGGCAUUGGAUUCCAGGUGAGAAUUCUUGUUAAGGUCUCCAAAGAUCUCUAUGUUGCUAGAGCUAGUAGGAUGAAAAUGGGUGUAAAUAAAAACCCGUCCACGUCUCUGUGUCUACUGCAAGAAGAGACUCUGAAUCUGUCCUUUUGUCCCGCAGGGCCAGAGGAGAAGCAGCUGCAGGCCACAGGAUGUGAGCGGAACCCUGGGAUGUCAGAACUGAAGGUCCUGCUCGUGGGGAAGCGUGGGGCUGGAAAAAGUACCGUUGGAAACAGCCUUCUGGGGAAGCGAGUCUUUGAGACCAAAUUCAGUGAACAGUCAGUAACCCAGAUGUUUAGGUCUAAGAGCAGAAUCUGGAAAGAGAGGAAUAUUUCAAUCAUUGACACUCCAGACAUCUCACUUUCAAAGGUCCUUGAAUCAGAGCUUUCAAAACACACCUUCCCGGGCCCCCACGCCUUCCUGCUGGUGAGCCCGCUGGGCUCUUUCACUGAGAAAGAUGAGGCAGUGCUGGACACCAUCCGAAGCAAUUUUGGAGACAAGUUCUUUGAGUACAUGAUCGUCCUCCUCACCAGGAAAGAAGAUCUAGGGGAUCAGAAUGUAGAUACGUUCUUAAAAGACACAAAUGAAUCCCUCAACCAGCUCAUCAAGAAAUGUAAAAGCAGAUACAGCGCCUUCAACUACAGAGUGACAGGAGAUGAGGAGCAACACCAGGUGGAUCAGCUCCUGGAAAAAAUUGUGAGCGUGGUGCAGCAGAAUGGAAACAAGCCCUGCUUCCUCAGAGGGAGAGAGGCCCUGAGCAUUGUCCUCGUGGGGAGGAGCGGGACUGGGAAGAGCGCGACGGGGAACACCAUCCUUGGAAGGGACAAAUUCCCCUCUCAGCUUCUAGCGCAGCCAGUCACCAAGACGUGCCAGAGCAGCAGGAGGAAGUGGGAAGGGCAGGAUGUUGUGGUUGUGGACACUCCCUCACUCCACCUGAUGCCCGGUGCUGAGGGAGGUCCAUCCCAGCUGGAGCAGGAGGUCGAACGCUGUUGGUCCUGCUGUGAAGAAGGGAGCAAGAUUCUGGUCCUGGUGUUGCAGCUGGGACGGUUCACUCAGGAGGAUGAAAACGUGGUGAGGGAACUGGAGACCAUCUUUGGAGAGGAAGUUAUGAAAUAUACGAUUGUGGUGUUCACCCGGAAGGAAGAUCUAGGCGAUGGGAAGCUUGAGGAGUACCUCAAGAACACAGAUAACAAAGCUCUUAAGAAGAUAAUUAAAAAGUGUGAGGGGCGAGUUUGUGCUUUUAAUAACAAAGAAACUGGCCAAGCCAGGGAAGCCCAGGCAAAAGUUCUUUUGAUGAUAGCCAAUGAGCUAAUAGGGAGAUGUGGAGGGCAUGGAUACCCCUAUGAUUGGGAUAAGGUCAGCAAAAUAAUGAAAAAUGCCCAGGAAAAGCACAAGCCCCCAAAAUUACUAGAGACUUUAAAAAAUAUGUUCUCAUAG